UGUGCCACCACUUACAUCUGGAAUUCAGACGGGGUCUCAAGUACGCCAGCUACGUCAAGGAAAUUAUUGAUUUUCGCAUGUGAAGUGAAAAAAACUGACUCGAUUCUAUGUGUGCUGGCAAAAGUUCAAUAAUUUAAUAAAUGAAAGGAAUAAAAACUCCGAAAAAGGACAACCAGCUAUCCUGUAAGUGGGGGCGUGGCAGCUGGUCAGGUCCCGGGAUGGCUGACAGUGAAUUCGAGGAGUUUCGUAGACCCAUUUUUGAGCCCCAUACGAUUGCCACAUUUGGAGCUGGAGUGGCCAAUAAGAAAAACAAUCCACAUGCAUUUUACUCUCUGAUUCCCAACGAUGACCUGGAGGACUCACACUCCUCGAAGAGCGACGGCGAUGGCUCCGAUCAGGAGGACGGCAUCGGCCUGGCCGGCAGGGAUGCCAAGAUGCAUCAAGUAGAGGAUGACGAGCUGGGCGAUGGUCUGAAGGUCACUCUGUCGUCUGACGGCUCCCUGGAUACCAAUGACUCCUUCAACUCACACCGACACCAUCCACUAAACCACCAGGAUGCAAUUGGUGGCUUCAUGGGUCUCAACAGCAUGGACACUAGUGGCUUGGGCGGUGGUGGUUGUAAUUCGGCUCCAGUGACGAUUGGGGCCAGCACGGAUUUGUUGACUCCAAAUGCAGCUGCCACACGGCGGCGUCGCAAGUUACCAGAAAUACCAAAAAACAAAAAAUCUUCCAUUUUGCAUCUUCUAGGUGGCCCCACCUUUGGCUCUCUGGCAGAUGAGUUCCGUAACGGUGGAGGUAUUGUUCCGGGAACUGGACGAAACAGUCAGCAGCGCUCGUUCUUGUCCCUCAAAUGUGGCUACUUGAUGGACGAGGACUCCAGUCCGGAUUCGGAGCGACUGCAGAGUCUCGGGGAUGUGGACAGCGGACACAGCACGGCCCAUUCGCCGAACGAUUUCAAGAGCAUGUCGCCCCAGAUCACAUCGCCCGUCUCCCAGUCCCCCUUUCCGCCUCCGUUCGGGGGCGUGCCCUUUGGACAGCUGGAGAUGCUGGAGGCUACACACCGCGGCCUGCACAAGUUCGUGCCCCGGCACCAUGACGAGAUCGAGCUUGAGAUCGGUGACGCCAUCUACGUGCAGAAGGAGGCCGAGGACCUGUGGUGCGAGGGGGUGAACCUACGCACCGGGCGGCAGGGCAUCUUCCCCUCGGCCUACGCCGUUGAUCUGGACUACAACGAGUUCGAUCCGACGGUGCAGCUGGUGAAGAAGGAGCGCUACCUACUGGGCUACCUCGGUUCCGUGGAGACCUUGGCGCACAAGGGGACUGGCGUGGUGUGCCAGGCGGUGCGCAAGAUCGUGGGAGAGUACGGAAAUUCUCCAUCGGGACAGACCUGCAUCCUGGAGGUAUCCGACCAGGGACUCCGCAUGGUGGAUCGAUCAGGACCGAAUCAAAACAAAAAGGAAAAGAAACCUUGUAUCGAUUACUUCUACUCUCUGAAGAACGUAUCCUUCUGUGCAUUCCACCCUCGAGAUCAUCGCUUCAUUGGCUUCAUAACCAAACACCCGACAGUGCAGAGGUUCGCCUGUCAUGUAUUCAAGGGCUCAGAGUCGACUAGACCUGUGGCCGAGGCAGUUGGUCGUGCUUUCCAACGUUUCUAUCAGAAAUUCAUUGAAACCGCUUAUCCCAUCGAGGACAUCUACAUCGAGUAAGGUUGCUAGGCGGUUUUGUGCUUCUAAAUGAUGAAUUCAUUAAACAAUAUAAUAUAUAUUUUUUGUGCGGUUAUUCAAAAUAAAAACAAAACAAAUCUCAAGUAAAAAUUUGCUCUUCUUCAAAGAGAAUCUUAAAAACAAAUUCAAUAAGCUCGCAAUAGAAACCCUAGCUAUAAAAACCACAUUACUCUUAGAUUAUUAUAAUUUCUCCGUUCCUACGAAAUGUGCAAGAUCUUAGACAUGUAAAUAGUUAAUUUUGGUUCAGAACUCUCCCCUAGACACACGCUUCAAGCAAUCAGCAAUCUUUUUUCCAGAUAGGAACACACACAUUCUUUACACUUUAAAACAAAGAUAGCUUAAACAAAUGCACAACCAAUAAACCACACGGAUAAGCCUCAAAUUUGUAACCAUAGAUUGGUUGGCUCUUUUUGUAAAACCUUUCAACCAAUAAUUUAAAUAUAUUUUAUUUUUUAAAUUCCAAAACCAUGGCAAAGCACAAAUAGAGUGAGGCCAAAGUACUUUAGACACCUUCGUGUAUCUUAACUUUAGUUAUCUCAAUUUUUUUUUAGUUUCCAGAGUCAGCAAUUGAAUAAUAAAGCACACCAGCAGCUACAUUUUCAAGUAUACCCCUUAAAAGCCCAGUUCUAAGAUGUAAACCCCUUAAAGUUGUAUACAAGCAGACGAAUAUAUAUACUGUAUAUGUAUACAAAAGAAAUAUAUAUAUAAUGCAAAACAAUA